ACUUCUGUGGUGCAUGCCGCCUUGGGGCUGCGUUUCUUCCGCUCUGGGACACUGUUAGAGAAAGAUGUCUCACCAGGGAAGGCUAAACACCCCAGGACGCGACUGGUGAGCCAGAGACGCCAGCCUCCUCCUGCUGCUGUCGGGGCCUUGGAUGAUACCUGCUUUCUGAGCCGUCGGGAGCAGCUCCGUCGGAUUCUAUUGGAAUGGAUUUAGAGCCAUCAGGAUGGGAAUAAAACACAUUAGUGAAUGCCAGUUUUUAUGCCAUCACAUAAUACCCAGCUUCUAGCUGCAGAUGGACCAAAGAAAACCUGUGCUAACAAAGGAACAGAAACCUGUAUUUUGGAGACCCAUCCGUUAUAAAUAUGUUCUGUCUCAGAGGCCUCUCUCUACUCUCUCGGAGAGUGGUUCAGUUCCGCCCCUUCAGUUGUGAGCCAUUAAUUAUUCAAAUGCAGAACUGUACAGAUGAAGAACAAGUAUUUGAUCUUAUCGCAAGAAGUCCGGCCACGCUUUCAGAGCCACAAGUGGGUUGUGCGUUUAAUAUGCUCUGGCAGUUUCAGAAGCAGAAGACUAACUUGGAAAAAAACAUUGAGUUUGUUAGAAACCAUCCCCAGUUUCUUACUCUUUGCAAUGCCACGGCGAACCACAUCCAAGCAAUGGGUGAUGACACCCUGGUGAAUGUGCUAUACAGCAUAAAACAGUUUGGUGUUGAAUCCCAUCACCCUCUGGUUGAAGCACUGGUUAUAGAAGCAUGGAGAAGGCUGGAAAGGUUUGAUACUAAUGUGCUCUCAAUAUUUUCUACUUGCCUGGCCGAUCAGCAUUUGUAUUUCAGUCCGUUAAUGGGAAAAAUAGCUGAUAUUGUAAAUAGGAACUUGGAAGACAUACAGGACUUAAGGGCCUUGUCUGUCUUGAUGGUCAGCAUUUCUUCUAUAAUAUCCCAGUGUUUCCAAGAAAGACUCGUGAACAAAACAGAACUGCUUUUUGACAGUGUCGACUCUUCCAAGGUCAACAGUGCUAGACGGAUAUUACUGUUCCUCCGCAACGUCAAGCGCAGUUAUUACCCUCUCUUGGAGCGGUGUAACAGAGUGUUUUUAAGCAGCCUGAGCCAUCUUGACCUGGAGGCCAUCUGUAGAAUCUUCAGCCUGUACCAGUCUCUGCAGUUCCACAGUUUUGAAUUUAUUGAAGUGGCUCGAAGGAGGCUGGUUGAGAUGAUCCCCUGGUCAUCUGGUCAUCCCGCAAGUUUUGUCAGAUUGUUUGCCACGUUGGGACCGGUGGCAGGGCCUGAAAUAAGGAAACAGCUUAAAUCAACUAUGCUGUUGAUGUCAGAAGAGCUGACCAGCCAGCAAGUGCUGACAGUGUUGACAGCCAUGGAAGAUAUGGAGAGCAGAAAUGCACACUUGAUUAAAAAGAUUGCUUCGGUGCUGUCUAAACAUUUGGAUAACUAUAAAUCGAUAGAGCUCCUGAAGAUAACACAAGCCUUGAGUUGUCUACAUUUCCAAAAUAAGGAGCUUUUAAUGAAACUUCGAGAAUUAAUUCUCAGUCAUUUGGAAGCUAGCGUCAUGCCGAGUGAGAUUUGUAUUCUGGUCUCUGCUCUAUCCAUGCUUCCUUCCUCUCGCCUCGACCAGACAGCGCUGUCCCGCAUCGAAGCCGUUUUACCUCAGUGUGACUUCAAGGAGCUGAGCGAUAUUGUAGUGUCUCUCCUGAGGUGGAUCCAGAAUGAUCACACAUGCUCGGCUAGCACUGCUAGACAACAACUGAAUCUCCUUCAGAAAUUAGAUCACUGGGGCCAUCGUCGGUUACAGCAAAGCACCAGCUUGGAUCUCCUGUGGGAGGAACUUAAAUCUUUGAAAGGGGAAUGGCUUCAUGAGUCGUUGGUUGAAGAAUCAGUUGCUGCUUUGGAGCACUUUGUGGAUGAAAUUGAUGGCACCAACGUUGCAAAGAUCGCGUCUUUUCUUUCCAAAACUAACUAUCUCAGCACCGUAAUACUUGAUAGGAUAGCUUCGGUGGUUGUCCAGCAGAUUGAAAAGAUCCAUCCCUUUUCCAUCCUUGCUGUUAUUCUUCCAUUCAGCGUUUUGAACUAUGAUCCACCUCAAAGGGAUGAGUUUUUCGGAGCGUGUGUCCAGCGCCUUAAUGCUUAUGAAGGUAAAUUGGAUCCUGUUACAUUUGUGUUUGUUGGUUUUUAUUUGGCCACGCUUGAAUAUUUUCCAGAAGAUCUGCUAAAGAAAAUGUUUACCAUCGAGUUCUUAGCCAGAUUAGAUUCCCAACUUGAAAUUUUACCUUCAACUCUAAGUGCAAGGGUCCAGUUCCGCCUUAUGGAGUUAAAUAGAGCUGUCUGCCUGGAAUGCCCCGAGUUUCAGACCCCGUGGUUUCACGAUCGCUUUUGUCAAGGACAGUAUAACAAAGAUGCUGGUGUUAUGAAUGGAGCACAACAGCAGAUCUAUAAGAUGCUAGCAGAAAUCCUCGGAGGGCACAGAUGCGUAAAGGCUUCGACCCUUUCACCGUACUACCACACAGUGGAUUUUGAAUGUAUUUUGGAUAAACGGAAAAAACCUCUUCCUUAUGGAAGCCACAGCCUAACUCCAGGGAAAUCACCAGGAAUAUACUGGGAGUCAAAUACUUCAAGAGUUGAGUCAAGGCUUCCACCAGAAUCUGAGAGGAUUGCUUUAGAAUUUCUGGAUGUAAGAGCCUUUUGUUCAAACAUUCCUCACUUAAAAGGAAAAUCUGCUAUGAAAAAACGACAUCUGGAAAUUUUGGGCUAUCGUGUUAUUCAGGUCCCUUACUUUGACUGGAACUCUAUGGCACUGUCAACACAGGAUGCAAGGAUGGACUACCUGAGAGAACAUAUAUUUGGAGCAGGCAAAUCAUGAUUGAGUUUCCACUUAAGACGACCAUGGCAUACGACGUCUGUAUUUCCUUGACUUAGGUGGUCUGACUCAAUUAAACAAUGCCAAGUGCAAAUAUUCUGA